UUCAUAAUGAUAAGCUGUUUCAACCAAUUAGUUUACCAAACACUAGCAUUAGUUGGUUUGACCACCAAACCCUCAAUUUACAUCAAAAUAAGCUAAAAUUGCUCAAUAAGCUAAUUUUCCAAACACCCUCUUUAAUUUUAAACCGACCCGACAAACCAAAACAAUCGAUCCAAAACCCAAUCAAUAACACACAUAAACUAACCAAGUCAAUGACACUAUAAAUAAUAGGCCCCACAACAAUAAGACGUAUAAGCCGCGUUUGCCUCAUCGUCUCCCUUUCUUUAACUAUGAACUACCGCAAUCUCUAUUAACAAGUCUAAAACAAACCAAAACCUACUCUUUCUCCCUUCUUCCAACUCCACCCAGUAAAACUUUCAGUUUGUUCAUUCCUUACUGAUAACGGUCAUAAUCACAAUCCUCAACCCAUCAUCCCCAGUAAUCGAAACCAAGUUUUCCGAUUCUUGAAAUUCCCAUGUCCCCCACUUUUUUAAUUGGAAACAGUGAUUGAAAUUUAGACAUUAUAGGGAGAAAUUGAGUAAUAUUAUUGUUUUGAUGGAUACUGCAAAUAAAAAUGUUGAAGGUUACUUAACAGGAAGUUACAGGGAGUCUUUUGCUUCUCAAAGACAUGUUUCUUACAGCUGUGGUGCAUGUGGCUAUGAGCUAAAUUUGAGCUCAUCUAACCGUAAUACGGCUACCAUUGGCUCAAAAUACGGAAAAUCCAUAAAGCGAGGUGUCAUUUCAUUUUUUCAUAUCGAUGAGAGUAGAUUUAUGAAGGUUGAUGAACUCAAAUGCGUGCCUUAUUUCGUCUCAAAGAGUUCGUGGGGAUUAUUCCGUAGAAGAACCAAACUACUUUGUCGCAAAUGUGGAAAUCUUAUUGGUGAAUCCGAUGAUGGUAAAACGUGCCCUUCAACUGCAAAUGAAGAAUCAAAUUCCAAUGAACCUUCCAUUCAAAGAAAAUACAACAUCAGAAUCCGUUCAUUGCAACCGUCAUCCUCUGAUCAAGCUGUAUGGUAAUGAUAGUGUUAAGCUAGUUGGGUUCAUCGAGAACGCCUAUCAACUGCAUCAAAGCAGCUCGAAAUAACCCCCGCAUAAAAACUACUCGAUGAUUAGCACUUAUCAUUGGUGCAGGUAAUGUUGCUGCUGCAGCUGUACACACUACUGCUGAUGGGCUAUACAAAAUCCACUUGGUUUUACCGCUAAAGGUGUACAAAACAAAUUCGAUGACCCGAUAAUCACCCGUCCUUAUAAUAGAAUCCGAUUUGACCCGACUUAAAAAUGGACUUACAAUUAUGUAAAAUUCAAUGUGUACCAAUAUCCGAUUUUGAACCAACCCGAAACACCUAACUUGAUAAUAUGAAUGAACACCUUUAGAACUUUUACCUCGUUUUGUUGCUUCUGUUUGUUACAUGGAUCAUAAGUUCUUAUAUGAGUCAGUCUCACUGUGAAACACACUCUAUAUAUAAAUUAAAUAGCCAAACUAAUUAUUAGUAUAUAGACUUCUUAUUUUAAGCUCAUUUUAGUGAAAGACGGUCAGUUACAAGAAUUGCACAACUUGAGUAGCCAAAAUCCACUGGGUGACAAGCUGCAGCCUAUUGGCCGGACAGUGUUCUUGGUAGAACCACUAGCAGCUUGUUGGUGGUGGAUCUAAAAUCAAGUAAGAAAAUAAUCCUAACCUUGGCCAAAUACAAAGAACCAACACACUAUACUCAUUACUCCCUCCAUUUCGCAGACACCUGUUUUCAUUUUGUGGCAGUUCGCUACUAUUUUUCUAUUUAUAUUUUUGGCCAUGUUUUUUUUUUUUUUUUUUUUUUUAUUUUUCAAGUGGGUUUUAAUGAAUUUUUUUUAUAUAUUUUUAACUGGUUUUUAUCAUUCAUAUCCAUUAAAUUACCAAAAUAUCCACAUGAUGUCCCAUUUUAAGCGUUUCUCAAUGACUUAAAACUAAUUGAAUUGAGAAGUAUAUAAUGGGAGGGGAUAGAGAGUAUUCUGUGAGAUACGGUGAUCAUCUCUAAUUGGGCCGAUUCAUUAUAUUUUUUUAAAAUAUUGUAAGUAGGCAUUAAGAAGAAUUUAAGUAGACAUUUAAAAUAUUGAAAGUAGGCAUUAAGGACAUGGUAAAUAAAUAUUAAGGAUAAUAUAAGUAGACAUUUAGAAUAUGAUAAGUAGAUAUUAAUCUUUAAUUGGCUGGACUUGAGAUACGUCUCUCAAGAGACCAACUGUUUAAACAAACUUUGUAACGAACUAAUUGCAUCAAUAGUUUGCGGGUUAAAAAUAUAAAUACUUACCUAAUAAAUAAUCAAUUUAGAAAAUCAAUCAACCAAAUCUUUAUAUAAUCAAUUUUGGCUAUUACUUUGGGUGACCUGGAUGUUAAUGCAUUAUUUUUAAACUAUAA